ACGGUUGAUCAUCGGUGAAUGUAGAUGACUGACUGACUUGGUGGAUUGCCUCCAAAUGUCAUGAUGCCGGCUAUUUGGCAGUGGCUUCUCCUCAGCCUUUUCCUCCUGCUGAUUCCAAACCAAACAAUGGCGGUCUCCAAAAGAGUGAAAUUAUGCCUACAACCGAUGAUUAGUGGAAGGUGCUUUGGAUUUGUGGAGAGCUACGCCUACAAUCCCAUUAAACGUCAUUGCGAACCAUUUAUCUACGGCGGUUGUGGUGGAAAUGACAACCGAUUUGGCUCCAAAGCCGAGUGUGAACUGAACUGCCGCGAUAUUUAACAAUGUCAAUUCCUUAACCCUAAUCAACAAUCGUUUGAAUAAAUAAAUAAUAAUAUUAUGAUAUUAUAAA